UCGGGAUGUAGUGUGAUGAUGGGGUGAUGCGUGUGGUGUGUCUAUGGUCAGGUGGAGGUGAGAAAUGAGAGACGAGAUUUACAGUAUGACUACUUGAUUUGGGAAGAGCUGUGCCAUGUUACGUCUUACUGAAUCCUCGAGGUACAUUGAUCCCUUGUGUAUUGUAUCCCUUAUAGGAUUACGCUACCAUGGAUCUGGAACUACAUAUGGAGGUCUUGAAUGCUUAAAUUUGAACCAAACUUGGAGCUACAUACCAUCAAGAACGCACUCCUCUAGAUCCUUAAAAAGAGCUUCUACACCAAGAAAUCCCACCAGGACCAUGCCCCAACCACACCUCUAGCUUGAACAUCUCCUCCUCCUCCCCUAUUCCCCCUACGAACCAGUACGAACCGGACCGACAUAGCAAAAUG